GCUGGUUUACAUCAGGGAGCUGUGUAGCAGUAGCACACAUAUGAUAAAAACAAGUUGCAAAUGAACUGUCAGUGUUGCGCAAAUCUCUGUGACGCUUGAGCGACGACAGCUACGAGUUUGCGAAUACUACUCUCAGGGGAUCUUUGAGGAUGUGGGGACGUCAUGGUGUGUUUUGCUGCUUUCUGAUACUGUGUCUGUGGGCUUGCUUGAAUGCAGUGCCAAUUGAUGUGGAUAAGACCAAAGUGAGCCCUCCAGCAGAGGAACUGGAACCGCCUAAAAGCGCAGAUACAGGACUGCACUAUGACCGUUACCUCAGAGAAGUCGUUGAUUUCCUGGAAAAGGACCCACAUUUCCGAGAGAAACUUCAUAACACAGAUAUGGAAGACAUCAAGGUAGGGAAACUGGCUAAAGAGUUGGACUUUGUCAGCCAUCAUGUGCGAACCAAACUCGAUGAGCUUAAGAGGCAAGAAGUGAACAGACUGCGCACUCUAAUAAAAGUCAAACAAGACCUAGAUGGAGAAAGAGGUAUGACAGUGGACCACCAAGGCCUUCUGAAGCAGUUUGAGCAUCUCAAUCACUUGAAUCCACAUACUUUUGAAGUGGAUGAUUUGGAUCGCCUCAUUAAAUCGGCCACUGAUGACUUGGAGAACUUUGACAAGGACCAACAUGAAGAAUUCAAGAAAUAUGAAAUGAUGAAGGAACAUGAGCGAAGAGAACGACUUAAGACACUGGAUGAAGAAGCACGUAAGAAAGAGGAGGAACACUAUGAGGAGAUGAAGAAGAAACAUGCAGAGCAUCCAAAAAUCAAUCACCCUGGCAGUCAAGAUCAGUUUAAAGAAGUCUGGGAGGAGACUGAUGGUUUGGAUCCCGGCGAUUUUAAUACAAAGACAUUUUUCAGUCUACAUGACACAAAUGGAGACGGCUACCUUGAUGAGCAAGAGCUGGAGGCACUAUUUACCAAAGAGCUAGAAAAGAUCUAUGACCCCACACAGGAAGAAGACGACAUGAUGGAAAUGGAGGAGGAGAGACUUCGAAUGAGAGAACAUGUGAUUAAUGAGGUUGACACCAACAAAGACAGACUAGUUUCAUUAGAUGAAUUUAUGGCGGCCACAAAUAAGAAAGAAUUUGUACAGCAGGAGGGAUGGGAGACUCUGGAACAGAAUCCAAUCUACACUGAAGAUGAGUUGAGAGAGUUUGAGGAGCAUCUGAUUCGAGAAGAGCAAGACCUCAACGAGAAAACAAAUGAUCUGGUGAGGCAGCGUGAGGAGCUGGAGAGACAUCAGCAAGAGCUUAGUGCUCAGAAAAUACAGCUCCAUCAGGCUGUAGAGCACAUGGAGAGGUUAAAAUCACAGAAAACAGAGCCUCCAGUCCAGGCCAAAGUGAAUACAGUACCAUCUGCUAUGGAGAUAUUACCUGGGGACAGUCAAUCCUUAGCACAAGGUCAUCAUCAAGACUUGCCUGCACAUUCUUAGCCCUUAAGGCUAUCUCUGUGCUAUGUAUGUGUGCACACGUGCAUAUGUGUGUGUAUUUUGUACAAACAUCAGUUGUUUCCCUCCUCAUAUUUAAAGAAUAAUUAAACAAAAAUGUUUAUGGGCCUUGAAUUAUGAAUUCCCAAACAUGCUGCUAAAAGUACGCAUUAUACAAUUAAAAAUGGAUUGUAAUUCCACAGAGGGUUAUCUGUGGACCAUCACACUAAAGGUUAGAUACUUUUUGAGGACAUUACAUGGUAGAUCAUGCUUUAAACUUAUGUUUUGGAGAAAUUAUUUUGAAUCAGUUUUGAACAUACAUGACUGGCCAACAUUGGUAUUGUAAUUUACCAUUCACAUUUUGGCAAUAUACCAGUGUGAAUAUGAAAUGGAUUAAAAUUUGAUUAAUAAAACAAAGUAAUUUUGAAGGAUACAAAUUGUAAAAGACAAUUGUGCCAGUUUUCUCUAUAUUUCUGUAAUUUUAUGUGUACAUUUCAUAAAAAGAUCGCCAUUAAAACCAUGACUUUAUCACAAA